AUGACUUCCUAUAAAAAUAAUAAUGUUAUAUCAUUAUGUAUAAUGGGUGAUGGUGGUGUUGGUAAAACAGCAGUAACAAUUCAAUUUAUUUCAAAUCAUUUUGUUUAUUAUUAUGAUCCAACAAUUGAAGAUUCAUACCGUAAACAAUGUUUGGUGGAUGAUCAAGUUUAUAUGUUAGAUAUAUUAGAUACAGCAGGUCAAGAUGAAUUAACCGCUAUGAGAGACCAAUGGAUUAGAUCAUGUGAAGGCUUCAUAUUGGUUUAUUCGGUUACAUCAAGAUCAUCAUUUGACCAAAUUCAAUUCUUUAGAGAACAAAUCAUUCGUGUAUUGGAUAGUGAUGAUGUACCAAUAAUGAUGAUUGGUAAUAAAAUUGAUUUAGAUGAUGAAAGACAAGUUACAUUUCAAGAAGGUAAAGAUUUAGCACGAUGUUUAGGUAUGUCAUUCAUGGAAGUUUCCGCUAAAAAUAGAACAAAUGUUGAAGAAGUUUUCAAUGAAACAGUUCGUAUAGUUAAAAGAAAAGAAGAUCCACAAAGUCAUAAACCAUCAAAAGAUAGUGACUCUAAAAAACCAUUAGUUAAUACAAGUAAAAUAAUUAAAAAAAUAAAUACAAGAGUAAAACAAACUAAAACUUCAAUUUGUAAAAUGAUGUAA